CAUUCAGAAGGACGCUCUCUGAUCUCCUGACAACACGCCAGCCAUGGCAGCAGCUUUGAACGGGACAGAGUACUUGGAGGUUCAGAUUGAUCCUGGAAGAGAGUCAUUUGCACGUCCAUCCAAUGCAGAUUCGGUAAGGGAAGACGAGGCCGAGUUACAGUGGCAAGCGAUUGCGAGAUUGCCGUCGCAGAAGCGAAGCAAUUUUUCGUUGUUGAGGCGGUCUUCAACGGAUUAUAGCCAUGGAGGAGAAGAAAGUCGAAUGGAAAUGAUCGACGUCACGAAACUAGAUCGCGCCAAUCGAGAGCUUGUGGUUCGGAAGGCAUUGGCUACAAACACUCAAGACAAUUACAAACUCCUUUCAGGAAUCAAACAGCGUCUCGAUAAUGCUGGAUUGGAGGCUCCAAAGGUCGAAGUAAGGUUUGAGCACCUAAAUCUUGUGGCUAAAGUGCAAACUGGCUCAAGAGCUUUGCCCACCUUGAUUAAUGCUGUGCGCGACACUAUUGAGGGUUUGAUGGCUGGUUUGGGACUAUUUCAUCCUAAUAAACUUUCUCUAACCAUUUUGAACGAUGUCAGUGGUGUUAUAAAACCGGGAAGGAUGACUUUGCUCUUAGGACCACCAGGUUCUGGCAAAUCAACGUUGCUUUUAGCUCUUGCGGGGAAGCUUGCCAAGAAUAUAAAGAAAUCUGGAAAUAUUACAUACAAUGGGCACAAGCUUGAUGAGUUUUAUGUUAAAAGGACUUCUGCAUACAUCAGCCAAAUAGAUAACCACAUUGCAGAGCUUACUGUCCGGGAAACCUUAGAUUUUGCUGCUAGUUGCCAAGGCGCAAGUGAAAGCUUUGCAGCCUACAUGGAAGAUCUUCUCCGUCUAGAGAAGGAAAAGAACAUACGUCCAAGUCCAGAGAUUGAUGCUUUUAUGAAGGCGUCUUCUGUUGCUGGUAAAAAGCACAGUGUUUCAACUGAUUACGUCUUAAAAUUGCUUGGUCUUGAUGUAUGCUCAGAGACAAUAGUAGGUAGUGAUAUGAUGAGAGGUGUCUCAGGUGGUCAAAGGAAAAGGGUUACCUCUGGAGAAAUGAUUGUUGGUCCAAGAAAAACCUUAUUUAUGGAUGAAAUAUCUACUGGACUUGAUAGUUCCACAACAUACCAAAUAGUGAAAUGUAUAGGGAACUUUGUUCAUCAAAUGGAUGGAACUGUACUGAUGGCUCUUCUGCAGCCUCCACCUGAGACAUUUGAUAUGUUUGAUGAUUUAAUACUAUUAUCAGAAGGCUACAUGGUGUAUCAAGGCCCAAGAGCAGAAGUUUUAGAGUUCUUUGAGUCACUUGGAUUUCAGUUACCACCACGCAAGGGCAUUGCAGAUUUUCUUCAAGAGGUCACUUCAAAAAAGGAUCAAGCACAAUACUGGGCUGAUCCUUCAAAACCAUAUGUAUACAUGCCUGUUCCAGAAAUUGCAAGAGCAUUCGAAAAUUCUAGAUUUGGAAAGUCUGUGGAAUCCUCACUAUCCAUUCCAUUCGACAAAUCAAAAAGUCAUCCUUCAGCUUUGUCUAAAACGAGAUAUGCUGUGUCAAUAUGGGAACUGUUUAAAGCAUGCUUUGCGCGAGAAAUUCUACUUAUCAAUCGGCAUCGUUUUCUUUAUUGUUUUAGGACAUUCCAGGUCUUUUUUAUUGGGUGCAUCACUUGCACAGUUUUCUUACGGACAAGAUUGCAUCCCACAGAUGAGUUAAAUGGGAAUCUCUAUCUCUCUUGCCUCUUUUUUGGGCUGGUGCACAUGAUGUUUAAUGGCUUUUCUGAACUAUCCUUACUGAUAUUUCGAUUACCAGUUUUUUACAAGCAACGGGACAAUCUCUUUCAUCCCGGAUGGUCAUGGUCUCUGUCCAGUUUUAUUCUUCGUAUACCAUACUCUGCUGUUGAAGCUUUUGUAUGGUCUUGUGUUGUAUACUACACUGUUGGUUUUGCCCCUUCUGUUGGCAGGUUCUUCCGUUUUUUGUUUUUACUCUUUACAGUGCAUCAAAUGGCACUGGGCCUCUUUCGCAUGAUGGCUUCGAUAGCGCGAGAUAUGGUUAUUGCCAAUACGUUUGGAUCAGCUUCUUUAUUGAUUAUAUUUUUAUUGGGUGGAUUUAUUAUUCCUAAAGAUUCUAUUAAGCCCUGGUGGAUUUGGGCUUUUUGGGUCUCACCAUUAUCGUAUGGACAACGAGCAAUUUCAGUCAAUGAAUUUGGCGCUGAAAGGUGGAUGAAGAACUCUACCAUUACAAAUAAUACAAUUGGAUACACUGUUCUCCGUGAGCAUAGUUUACCUGCAAGUGAUGAUUGGUAUUGGAUUGGAAUUGGAGUCCUAUGGCUAUACGCAGUGAUUUUCAACAUCGGUGUGACGUGUGCCUUGACCUACCUAAAUCCUAUUCUGAAGGCCCAAACAGUGGCUGAUCCAGUUGAUUCCAGGGAAGAAAAUUUGGCUGGAAAUGUUGGUCUGAAGCCUGAAUCAAAUCAAACAUAUGCAAAGGAGGGCAUUAAAAAGACAGGAAUGAUUCUUCCAUUUCAACCAUUGACAAUGACUUUCCACAAUGUGAAUUACUUCGUCGAUAUGCCAAAGGAAAUGACUAAACAAGGUGUCCCUGAAAAGAAGUUGCAGCUCUUGUCAAAUGUGAGUGGGGUAUUCUCACCAGGAGUUCUGACUGCAUUAGUUGGGUCUAGUGGAGCUGGAAAGACUACUCUGAUGGAUGUACUUGCUGGCAGAAAAACUGGGGGAUAUAUAGAAGGGAGUAUCAAGAUAUCGGGUUACAUUAAAGAACAACGCACGUUUGCUAGAGUUUCAGGAUAUGUUGAGCAAAAUGAUAUACAUUCUCCUCAGGUUACAAUUGAGGAAUCUCUCUGGUUUUCCUCCAGUCUUCGGCUUCCAAAAGAAGUCACCAGACAACAAAGACAUGAUUUUGUUGAAGAAGUAAUGAGAUUGGUAGAGCUUGAUACCCUUAGGCAAGCUUUGGUUGGUUUGCCAGGGACUACCGGCUUAUCAACAGAACAGAGAAAGCGAUUGACAAUUGCUGUUGAGCUUGUUGCAAAUCCUUCCAUUAUUUUUAUGGAUGAACCAACAUCUGGACUUGAUGCACGAGCAGCAGCCAUUGUGAUGCGAACUGUUCGUAACACGGUUGAUACUGGAAGAACAGUAGUGUGCACUAUUCAUCAACCAAGUAUUGACAUUUUUGAAGCAUUUGAUGAGCUACUUCUGAUGAAACGUGGGGGCCAGGUUAUAUAUGGAGGGAAGCUUGGAGUGCAUUCACAAAUUAUGAUAGACUAUUUUCAGGGAUUUAACGGAAUCCCUCAGAUCCCUGAUGGCUACAACCCAGCAACAUGGAUGCUUGAGGUCACUACACCUGCUGUUGAAGAGAGGAUUGGAGAAGAUUUUGCUGAUUUAUAUAAAAGCUCUAUGCAAUACAGGGAGGUGGAAGAGUCAAUUAUGCAUUUCAGUACCCCGCCUGCAAACUCAAACCCAUUAAAAUUUGAUUCCACCUAUGCACAAGAUAGCCAAACUCAAUUUCGGGUUUGUCUUAGGAAACAAAAUCUUGUAUAUUGGAGAAGUCCACGGUAUAAUACAGUGAGGCUGUUGUAUACUAUGCUAGCUGCAUUGAUUUUAGGCUCGGUAUUUUGGAAGAUUGGUUCAAGAAGAAAUUCAACUCAAGAUUUGUUUAUGGUUAUGGGAGCACUUUAUUCUGCCUGCCUGUUUCUUGGGGUCAGUAAUGCAUCCUCGGUUCAGCCAAUAGUUUCGGUUGAGAGGACAGUGUUCUACAGAGAAAGAGCAGCUGGAAUGUACUCUCCAUUAGCCUAUGCGUUAGCGCAGGGUCUUGUGGAGAUUCCAUACAUCCUUAUGCAGACAAUUUUGUAUGGCUUCAUCACAUAUUUCAUGAUUGGUUUUGAAAUUAAAGCUGGCAAAUUUUUCCUCUAUUUGGUGUUCAUGUUCCUUACUUUCACCUACUUCACAUUUUAUGGCAUGAUGGCAGUUGGCCUUACGCCUUCUCAACACAUGUCGGCUGUUAUCUCCUCUGCAUUUUAUUCAUUAUGGAAUCUCCUCUCGGGCUUUCUUAUCCCAAAGCCAAGAAUCCCAGCAUGGUGGAUCUGGUUCCAUUACAUCAAUCCCAUUGCUUGGACCUUAAGGGGGAUUAUCACUUCUCAGCUUGGUGAUGCAGAGAACAAAAUAAUAGGACCAGGAUUUGAAGGCUCUAUCAAAGAGUAUUUGAAGAUCAAUUAUGGCUUUGAAUAUUAUAUGGUUGGAAUUUCAGUCGCAGUGCUCAUUGCCUUCUGUGUCUUCUUCUUUUCUAUCUUUGCGAUCUCUGUGAAAGUCCUUAACUUCCAGACAAGAUGAGGAAUGGAUUUGUUUAAACAUAUGGCCCUACUUGAGAUAAUUUGACUCUAACAAUAAGAUUUUGCACUGAAGCCUUCCAUGUCAGCUGAGUUACAAGCCAAUCCAACCUAAGGGGUCUGCUUAUUAUCCUGAGACAGGUUUUCACAAGGUUCUGGUGGAACUUGAUCAGAGACUGGUAGGGACUGCUCAUUAUGCACCUACGGUUACUAAUCUUCCAGUUGUUUACUGGCAAAUUUGAUAUGCUUAUAGGGAAAGAUGAAAUUUAAUUUCUUGACAUCUUUUCCAUGAGGCCAGAGAUUUUCUUUGGCAAUCUUGUUAUUUGGAACGUAAGGAAUCCACUAGAACUUCUGAAAACCAAGAAAAAUAUACUGUGUUUCUACCAAUCGAAAGUUGAAUUUAAAGACUGAAAUCUUGUGGCAUUGUCUCUCA